AUUAUUAUAAGUCUUAAAGUCUACUAUCUACUUUCCUGGCAGCAAUUAAAGAAUAAUGCAAUCAUUUUUAAAUAGAGCGAAAUUGUUGAUUUUUCUGUUAUUAGCUAACGGUAACGUACUGUAAACAGUUGGACGCGAUAGGGCGUUCUAAUGGCUAUAGAAAUGGUGCCACUGAAAAUGUCUCGAAUGGAGUUGGAUAGAUCGUGCAUCGUGUUAUGCAUACACGUGUGAAUAUAUACUGUACCGGUGGAUGUGACGAAAAAAAUUAAGAAAGAUGUAUCCGAGUUUGUCGAAUCCGUUCGAAAUCAUAGUGGGAACGUAUGAGCAAUAUCUGCUCGGCUAUAAAGUGCAAAACAUUGUAAAUGAGUACCAAGUAGAGAAGAGCUUUGCGACUCACAGUCAUCUUGCAAGUGUACGCAGUGUUGCCAGUAAUAAACGCUACCUAGCUUCUGCCGGUGCAGAUGAAACAGUGUGUCUAUAUGAUAUGCGUCAAAGGAGAGAAUCUGGCAAAUUGAUGCAUCAUACAGAUACAAUCAAUUGUGUUACGUUCACUCCAGAAGGCUCGCAUCUGUUCACGUGCAGUAAGGAUGGAAGUAUAGGCGCUAUUCGCUGCGGCAAUUGGCAAAUGGAGAAACUCUGGCCAACUGCACACAAAGGUUCAGCUGUCAAUACUCUAGCGAUUCAUCCAUCAGGGAAGUUAGCAUUGUCUACCGGGGAAGACGGGACGCUUAGGACAUGGAAUCUGAUCAAAGGCAGGCAAGCUUAUGCUAUUAAUUUAGUGCCAACGUUAAAGAAUGAAGCUAAGUGGAUAACAAUCGUCAAAUGGAGUCCAAGCGGCGAAAAGUAUCUAUUAGCUGUUAAUCAGAACAUAUAUAUGUAUUCUGUAGAAACAGCUGGCAUAGAUAACAAGCUUGUUUUUGACUCGAAAGUUGUUUGCGUGGAAUUUUUAACAGAGGACUUGAUUGCGGUUGGCUUCGAAAACGGCAAGAUCGUAUUUUACGAUUUGAAAUCCUCGGAACAUACGGUGAAUACGAAGGCGCAUAAUAUGAGAGUGAAGUGCAUCUCGCACAUGAAUGAUCUGUUAGUUAGCGCUUCCAGUUCCGGAGAAAUAAAACUUUGGAGAUACGAUACGCAUGGCUUAAAUAUGCUGAAAGCCGUUAAUUGUGGUACUAGAAUCACUUGUCUUUCUCUGGCAGAAGUCUGCAAAGAUUUAAAGCCCGAAAAAGAAUUGAAGUUGGACGAGGAAGAAGAAAAUGAAGAAGAAAUAAAGAAAAGCAAGGUCAGGUUGAGGCAAGAGGUUAUUAUUGAAAAUGAAGACGAAUUAGAAGUCAUAGGCAUUACAAAUCCCAAGGUAAAGGCAUCAAAAACGAAGCAUAAAAAAAAGAGAGCUAUAGAAGAUACUGAAGACGAUGUUCAGAAUUCGAAAAAGAAAAUUUUAAAAUCGAAAGAGGUUGUUCAAAAGAAGAAGAGAAACAGAUCGUUGGACGUAGAAGAAGUCGCUAAAUCAAAGAAAAAGAAGAAGCUACUACCGCCUGAGACAAGCCCUCCGAAAAAACGAAAAGAAAACGGUUCUGCACCGCAAGCGACUUUACCAGCAAAGAAGAUAAAAAAAACUGACAAAGUUGAGGAAUCAUCUCUCCCACACAAGAGGCACAAAAUAAAGUCACCCAUGACAGACGCUCCGCUUAAAAAGACGAGAAGCAAAGUGAAAGGAGAAGGAAUUGUGCCGAAAAAGAAAAAAAAGAAAUUGAUGAAAUAAAUUAGGAUUCAAUUGAAAGGUCUUUUUAUAAAAGUCAUUAUUCUCUUCUUCCGUGUGAUAUUUACAUCAUAAGCUUAAAAUUAAGAGUAGCACUUAUUAAGUGUGUAAUAAAUUACUCGCUAGUUCCUAUAAUUGUAAA